AUGAUUGCUGGCUUCCGCAACACUGCGCUACGGCGAGCAUUGACCAGCUCUGCAUUGGCGAGUUGUGGCACCGCGAAAACGGGUUUAGCCAAGUCUCAAUUCUUACGCGGCAUCGUGUCCGCCACGAAUGCAGGUGGGACGCAGAGCGCCACUGGGGUCAUCAAGCAUGACCACCGCGAGCUCGAGGACUACUAUAACCGCAUUAUCAGCACAAAUGACCCGGACGAACAGGCGCGUUACCAAAAUUUGUUUGUGUGGGAGCUGGCCCGCCAUUCCAUCGGCGAGGAGCUGGUGGUGUAUCCUGCCUUUGAGAAAUUCCUCCCUAAUGGGGAGCAGAUGGCUACUAAGGACCGCAAGGAACACCAGUUGGUCAAAGAGAAGUUGUACGAGUUCCAGAACCUCAAACCAGGUGACGCCCGGUUUGCGACCACGCUCCUGGCCCUCUUCAAGGAUUUGAAGCAGCACAUGAAGGAGGAGGAGGAGGAAGACCUCGUGCCUCUAGAGGGCGCAAUUGAGGAUGGCCACUCGGAGAAGCUGGCAAGAAGUUUUGAGCGCACAAAGAUGUUUAUGCCGACGCGCAGUCACCCGCGUGCUCCAGACAAGCCGCCGUUCGAGACUAUCGCGGGACUGAUAACGGCACCACUAGACAAGGUCAGGGACAUGUUUACCAAGUUCCCCAAAGAUUAG